CACUGAAUGUCGAAUGCACUUCAUGAAGUGAAUCAAAAAUUACUACAAAAUCAAAAUGAGAGUGCGGCAAAUGAUUUUUGUUACUGUGUCAGUUCUUGCCAUGUGCACUCUAUUCAUGUACCUGCUCAGAGAAGAGGAGCCAACAUAUACCAGCAAGAAAUUGGUUCAGGGGAUUAUAGACCGCAGUAACCAAGUUGGCAACAAUCUUACCCUUGCCAGAGAUAAACUCGAUGACAUGGUUGUCAAUGAAAAUGAUAUUGUAUCUGUUGCUAAAAGAGUGAGUAAGCACAACGGAACGGUUCUUGUAACAAUGAUAAAUGACGCUUAUCUUUCCUUUACAUACAGCUGGUUGUGUAAUACAAAAGACAUGGAUAUUCAUAAAUCAGUGCUUAUCAUUACGACAGAUGAGUCUUCAAAGACAAAACUUACGAGAGACUGGCCUGAUGUGACAGUGUUUUCUAUGGAUAUGACAGGUUCUAAAGGUGACCAGACUUACAGUCAUGCUGGGUAUGUUAGAAUCAUGGUGAAAAGGACAGAGAUGCUUUUAGCUAUAUUAAUGGCUGACCUAGAAAUAUUCGUAUUUGAAGUGGACUGUCUUUGGCUGGCGAACCCUACUCCUUUAUUGCAACAAGAAAAGAGUUAUGAUAUCUUGGCAAACCCUGUUGAAGGGGUUGUAAAGACAUAUGCUGGUGGCUUUUUGUAUCUGUUUACAACAGAUAAAGCAAAGAGGCUUUGGAAACGUGUGACAGAGAUGAUGGUUUCUCUAGGCGAGAAGUUGGACAAAAUGAAAGAGGACACAUAUAUCUCCGAGGCAGAUAAUGACCAGCAGUACCUUACCAGGCUUAUAAAUACAAAGUAUGAAGGAAUUGCUGUGAAGGAGCUGUCCCUGGAGACGUACGCAGAUGGGAAAUGGUAUGGGAAGUCACCAGAAGAACGGAACAAAUUACAUCCCCUAGUCAUCAACAACAAUUGGGUUCUAGGUAACCAGAAGAAGAUAGAACGUGCUAAGGAAUGGAAACAUUGGUUUAUACGGGAAGAUUGGUCAUGUGAUAUGGACCUUGUACGCAAAACUGUCUACCACUAGCUUACUCUACAAUGAGCAAACACAGAAAUCUCAUAGUCCCAAUGUACCAGUCAUACAUGUAUCUGACAGGGGUUCUGAACUUCAGGAUAAGUCCUAAAAUCAAGAUAAAAUGAGAGUAUUUUACUACAGAUGAAUGGAAAAAAAAUGCUUUUACAUUUUAAAUCACAAAUAAUAGGAAGUACCUUUGAAUGAAUAUAAAUGACGUUGUAAACAAUUUCAAAAAGGGUCUAAGCCCCUUAGCCUUGCUAUUGGCAUGAAUCCUUCAUACCCGAGCAGACCUGUGGCUAUUUUUUAGGGAGUGUCAAUUAUUAGCUGUUAGAAUUCCUGUGCAGAUUGUAACAUGUAUUAAUUUUCCUUGUUUUCCAAAGGAAAGUUACCUCAUUCUUUUACCACUGUAAAUUCUGCUAUUUCUCAUUAUCAUCAACUAUAUAAGCGUGAUACAUGUUUCCUUAAUCAUUGCCGCUGGUUUUAACUUAUGAAAUGUGCUUGAGAUUAACUUGUUAUCCUUCAGCUUUCAUAAUCGAGCUCAUUAUCGAGCUAAAAGAUAUUAGCAUAAACUAUAUACACAGACUGCCAUAUUUCCAUAGUGGUUCAUUGUAAUUGUGUGCCAUACCACACUGUUUAAAAUCAUCAUUUUUAAUUUCAUAACAGCUUUUUUUUUUAUUAUUGAUGAAUGUUGAGACAAGUGUGUAGUUUUAUGCAUAUAUUCUAGUCUGAACCUCCAAAAAACUUGUGUUCCAUGGGAACUUGAUGAAAUCAUGUCUCACUGGCUGUUCCAAGGGGGUUAUUUAGUCAUUCAUUAAUAAAGCUGUUUUGAUGGGUGUAGUUUAUUUGUGUUGUUUGUAUGUUUGUGUCUCUUGUUCAUUGUUGUUUGGGCCCUUAUUUGCCUCAUUUACCUCAUUUACAGUGUUCAUAAUAUUUUAAUUUAAUUUACUUGGUUUGUCCCUGCAGUUUUCUAUGUGUUAUUCAUAAACCUUUUUAGUGCUGAUCAUGUCACAGUAGAGAAUGAAACCCUGCUUUGGUGUCAUAUGACCUGUAAAUUAUAUUUACAAUGUCAUAAAAUCUGGAAAUGCCUCGUGAUUUCUGACAUUGUUAAACUGCAUAAACUCAUAGUUAUUUCAUGCUAGCUUAUUGGUAGGUGUGACCCCUUUGAUAAAUAUGAUGAAUUUUUUUUUUUUUAAUAAUGUCAUUAAAUGUUACUAAUAAUUUUACAGGACAUAUGACACCAAAGUAGGAGUUCAUUCUAAUCAAACUGCUGUGGAUCAUGUUACAAAUAAUAGGGCAAUACUGAACAUUACAUGUUCAUAUUAAUUAUUGGGCACUCUGAUUCAUGGUACUCUAGGCUGGUAUUUAUAAAAUGCAUUUAAGGCUAUUUCCUAACUUAAGUCAUUUUCCCAAUUAAAGAAUUUCACUGGUAAUAUGAUAUGAUAAUUUCUGAAACCCAUUACUUCACUGAAUAAACAUACUUCAUAUUUAAAACACUAAUUUUUUACUUUUGAACAUUUAAAUUAACUUAAGCAACUUUAUGAAUGACGCAGUAUUGAAGUUAUUUAUAAACCAGGUAGUCAACUACAAAAAAAUAUGUAAAGUUUUACUGCAUUAAUGAAAUGAAUUCUGUCUUAACUGACUAAUUAAACUAUAUCUUUCAAAAUAGAUUUAAAAAAAAGUAUGCCACGGUAACUAUUAUUGUUAUUUAUUCUAAUAUGUAUGAUCCCUCUCUAUGUGUAAAGGUUCAUUUAUGUUGCAGUCAUGUACAUGUAUGUCCCAUAAACACAGUCAAGUACCAUACCAAAAAGAGUGUUCAUAUUGAAUGGUUUUCUGUUUGGCCUUAAAAAACAUUUUCAUAUCGGCCAUUGCCAAAUAUUUUCAUUCAUCACAGGUUCGAUUAUGAUAAAUAUGUUGUAUGCCACAGUGCGUGUAUACCAUUUGAUCGUAAAUUGCAUCAUAAAUGCUACAUCGGAAGGCAACAUUUUGCUUCGAAUGAAGACUUUAAACAAAGAUAACUUCACUAUUUCUUCAUCAUUUAUAUGAAACAAAGCGCAGUCUAGUUACGUCGCUUACGGAGCCCCGCCUUUGGUCGUUUACCAGAUUUUGAUUGACAUUUGAGUUAAGUUUUUUAAAACACUUCAACAAACCUUUUCAUUAAUUUGGAAAUUGGUUUGUCGAAGUGUUUGAAGAAACUAAUCACCUUAUCAAACUUUUAUAUUAACACAAAGGUGGGGCAAUGUAAGCGGCAUAGACUGCCCUUUGCUUUAUUUAAAAUGGUGUAGUAAAACAAAAGUUAUCUUUUGUUGAAGUCUUUAUUUUAGGAAAAAUGUUGCCUUCCAACGUAGCAUAUAUGACGUAAUUUAUCACGUGGUAUACACACACUGAAUAACCUCAGCGUCAUGUUUUCAUUGUUUUGCUAUAUAAUAGGAAUAUGAGUGAAUUGAACUUCAGCCAGUAUUAGAAAUGAACCCAAAGUUAAGGAAAUCAAAAGGAAAGGUGUUGUUAUUUGUGAUGUGUAUACAUAUUUAAUAUUGGAUAGAUUUCUGUAUUUAAGCUUUUCAAUAUUUCCAAUUAUUGUUUAAAGAAAGUAACAUUAACACUGUAGCGUUUUAGCUAAGAAGUUAUUGAAGGGUGUUGACCCUAUCCAUUUCUGGUAGCACCCUUCUGCCCUUAUGGAGAUCAACAUAAUUAUACAAACCUUCUUGGGCUUGAGCACUUAAGAUAACCAAUAUUUCCUUAAUUUGUUUCUUUUAAAAGCUUAUUAAUAUUUGAUUAUAUAUAUAUAUACAUACACACUUAAAAUAUCUGUCAGUUGAAACCAAAACUUCUUCAAUUAAAGAAAUUUCUGACAUCAUUGACAAAUUCAUAAUAUCUUCUUAGCUGAAAACAAUGCUUUUCACCCGUUGCACCCCGUCCAUUUUCUGUCUGAUUUAUAACUAGAGAAAGCUUGGACCUAUGGUCCCUGAACUUGGUAGGGAGGUUGGUCAUGACCAUCGGAUGACCCUUAAUGAUUUUGAGGUCAGUAGGUUGAACAUCAGUCAAUUGCUUGAAUUGCUUCAAAGUUGACUUUCAAACCAUACUUAGUAUAUUUCUAUAUGAUACAAUAUUUUAAGGAAAAUGUUUUCUGCAGGGGUAAUAUUUUUGAGAUGAUUUUCAAUUUUGAUGAAAAGAUAAGAACUUAUCAUUAGAUGUUUUCUAUAUACAUGUAUGGCCUCUGAGGGACCAGACAUUCAGUAGAUACUCUAACUGAUGUAUAGUUUUUAUGUAUUCAAAUAUCAUCUUGCAUAUGGUAUUGUUUUAAUUUUUAAUAUUACAAACUGUGAUGGGUGUUGAUAUUGCUUAUUUGAUAGAUUUAAAUAUAAUUAUGUCUUUAGUCUUCAGAUAUUAUAUAGGUUUUAAGUGUAGUUUUAUUGUUUAUGGUGCUAGUGUUUUGUUUUAUUUCUAUUUCAGUAUUUUCACUUCUAAUAAAAGUGUCUUUUCACAGUAGCUUUUUAGACCAUAUUUUAUUGAAUAAUAAUUGUUUUCGAAGGUGCUGUUUUUGUUUGAUGAUUAUGCAGGGAGGGUGCAUGUCGAGGGGUGAAAGCGAAAAGGUUCUAUCUGCUUCUUUAUUUAAUGUCACUUAGAACCUUUUCGCAUUCACCCCUCGAUGUUUGUCCCGGAAAGUCAUAAAAAAAACUCAUAGGCAAAAAUGAGUCUUGUUGAGAUAUUCAUGUUGACCAAGAUAUAUGAUGACAAAAUAAACAUAUAACAAUGCGUAAGUUAAAAAUUAAGGAGCCUUUUUAGGAAAUGUGUUAAAAUGGCUGUUCUGCCUGCUUAAGAGGUACGAAACACCAUAUAAAUUCAAAUGUCACGUUUACAUCAACAGGACUCCUUUUCGCUGACGAUGUCAAAAAUAUUAAGCCAAGAGUAUUUAUGAUAAAUGUUCAGUCAAAGAUGUGAACAUGGUUAUGCUAGAAUUCCUUAAAGCUGCACUCUCACAGAUUGAACGUUUUGACAACUUUUUAUUUUUUGUCUUGGAACGAACCAAUCUAUGUGAAAUUGCAUGGACACCAGUGACAUAAGACUGCUGACAAAAAAAAAUCAGAUAGCAGAUAUUCAUAUUUAAGUUCAAAAAUUGAUUUUUUCGAACGGAAAUAUGAAAAUCUGUGAUCUGAUCUUUUGUCAGCAGUGUUAUAUCAUUGGUUUAAUGAUAUUUACGCAUAUAUUGGCUCAUUCUAAGUCAAAAAAAAAAAAAGUUGUCUAAACAGUAUAUCUGUGAGAGUGCAGCUUUUAACUUUAAAAUCCGUAUUCCUGUAUCCACGUUUUUAAAAUAAAUUUUAAUUAUC